AUGGUGGACGCUGUAUCUAGAGUAGCUUCAGAGCCCCAAAACCCCAAAGCCGCCGUUGCCGCCUCACAAGACGAAAAACCCAUGACGCCACCAGUUUUGCAGUCGGAGAAGGACAACAACUAUGGGAAGUUUCCCUUCACCUUUAAUCACGAGAAACUAAAAAAAAGCUUCAUUCAACACGCCUUCUUGGCCCCAGGAGACGCCUCAAGCAGCAAGCCUCAAGCAGCAAGACCCUUUCUUCCCGAUCUCGAUACCGCGAAAAACGGCCAUAUUCUUGAAAUCUCGUCCGCCACCAGGCUCUUUGUCACUUCCACCCGCAGUUUAUCUGUCUCUUUUCAAGGGGAAGCUUUUUCACUGCCCAUCAGUAAAACCAAGGUGACCCCUAAUUUGAACAACUCAAGAAAAGGGACCCCCGAGAGGAGGAGUAACAGUAUCCCUUCAAGAACAAAGGUUGAUGGAAGUGGAAAUCAUGUUAAGAAUUAUAAGCCAUCUGAUCAGCACCAACGUGGCUUGUCAGGAAUCGGCUGGUCACAGCCACUCCAUUAUCAAGAAGCCUCGACUGUACUUGUCUCAUCCGACAGCACCACAGGAGUCCAGGAGUGCAGCCCCAAAGAGCCUCGUGGGCUUGCUGUCUCGGCCUGUUUCUGGCAGGAGACCAACAGUCGUCUGAGGAGGCUUCAGGAUCCGGGCUUGCCUCUGUCUACGAGUCCUGGCUCAAAACUUGUUGUGCUGCCCAAACUGAAGAGGUAUUCAAGCGAUGUCCCGUUGAUGUCACCGUCGAGGACGCUUUCAUCCCCCCGUGCGCCGACCCACAAGGCCUGCUUCGCCCCAGAAGCUCAUGAGCCCGGUGGGCUCAUCCCCUUUGCUGGCCCACAGCCGGUCAUGGAUGAGAAAUGUGAGGCGGAAGUUGGAGAGAAUAGGAUAGUGGAUGCAUAUUUGUUGAGGCUUUUGUACAAUCGGCACGUACAGUGGAGGUUUGUGAAUGCCAGGACUGAGGAUGCCUUGCUUUUGCAAAAUCAUGGGGCGGAGGUAGAGGAAGUGAAUUGUUUGGUGACCGAGCUUGCGGAAGUGACUUCUAAGGAGCGAGCUUUACUUGAGCAGUGCACAGGUUUUAUUUCCUUGUUAGCAGCCAUGCAGGUUGAAGACAGUAGCCUGAGAACGCAUAUAAUACAACGUAACUGCGUGCGAUGA